AUGGCCUUAGUCUCCAAGCUCACCUGCAUCUACUUGGCCCUCAUUCUGCACGACGAUGAGGUGACCGUUACAGAAGCCCUGGCCAGCAUCAACAUUGGGAGCCUCAUCUGCAAUGUAGAGGCUGGUGGGCUUGCUCCAGCAGCAGGUGUUGCUCCAGCAGGAGGUCCUGCCCCCUCCACCACUGCUGCUCCAGCUGAGGAGAAAGUGGAAGCAAAGAAAGAAGAAUCCGAGGAGUCUGAUGAUGACAUGGGCUUUGGUCUUUUUGACUAAACCUCUUUUAUAAUGUGUUCAAUAAAAAGCUGAACUU